AUGAACCGCAUGCAGUUGCCGCUGCUCUUCAGAUGCCUCUUGAUAUAUAUCGGCACCGCUGUAGGUCGUGAUCACGUCUUCGCCGAGACCUCUUCUGCCGUCGCCAUCAUGAACAAAGUCGCCCUUUUGACCUCGUCCAAACACGAGCCUGGCGUGACCAUCCGCCAACGGUCGGAUCUCGUUGCCGCACUCGGGCCUACCUUUGACAUCGCGGUCCGCUUCCAAAGAGUAGUGGCCGUGGCGUCGUCGCUGCUUUUCCUCUACGCACACCUUCUUGCCACCUCAACCCUCACAUCGGCAGUCAUAGCAACCCGACUCUUCGCCGUCCAUUCGCUAUUUGCCAUCAAGAAGACGACGACAGCAUUCCGCACGUCCAUGAGACAUGUAUGGGAAUCCAGGCGAAUCCAGAAGUUGAGGAAGAAGGUCUUCAUGGAGUUUGCAACAACAAUAUUGGGCCCGGGAGGCAACAUGCUGAUCGUCAUGGUCUUCUGGCCGGGAUGGCUGUUUAUCCUGGGUAUCGUCUUGACUCUUCGCACGCUGUCGGGAUGA